CGCCACGCCACUGAUCAAUCUACAUCGGGUUGAUCAAUGGUCCAUCAUAUUUGCGCCACAAAUAUUGGUCGACCAGAUAUAAGGCAAGCCAGCAGUGUCUGUCUUUUCUUGUCCUCUUAGUUUUCUCCACCUUACCAGUUCGGUUCACAACACCCAGUCGGCACAAUCAUUGAACGCCUGACGUCAGAGUCAUGUCCCCUGCCGGCGAGACUGGCGUAUCGUCUACUCCCCCACGUGCCAAUGCACAAGCCCAUGUUUCUAGCACAAUUGAAUCCACUCCAAACAGCCGUGGGGCUUCAGUCAUCAGCCAGAACAUCGGCGUGCUCGGUGUCCAGGUUAAGAAAGUUCGCCCAUGGAUUCAACGCGAUAUCGAGCAGGUUAAGGAGUGCAAGGCGGACGCCAUGCUGCAAGUUCUCCUACAGCGUGCUUCUUCCUCUCCCGAGACUAAACAGCCCGAGCUCCUGCAAAUGUGCCUCAAGGCAGUUCUGCCGGUUUGCAAUGGACAGGCCUCCACUGCUCUCGUAAAGUCUUCUGACAUCGAGACGGCCCUCAAGGAAUACGUACGCCCAGGAGUAGAACACAACUUUUACGGCCCUUUUAUAAGAGCCACUAACAUCGCUCUCACGUGUCUUGAAGAGAUCAAGGUUGACGGGAUGUGUGCUCCUGUCCCCGCCGUGGACAUGAUCUGUCAGCAGAACGAUAUGCCCAUGCACCAAUCCCACCAGACUGCGAAAUCAACUCGGAAGCCUGACCUCGUCAUUCUUCCUUUGAAUACCGCAUGCGCUCCCUUCAAGGGUGAGAAGGCCGGAAAGAAACGGAAAGAAAAGGAGAAACAGAAGGACAACGAGAAGAUUGACGAUAAGCGUAAGAAGAAGCGCAAGGCUCACAUGGACAAAAAUGCAACAGCAAAACCGAAAAAUCUACCCUGGAAAGAUGUUCUAGCUUGCAUCGAGUUCAAGAGAAAGACGCCAGGGAGGACAAAAGGGAUUGACCCGCCGCCCUGUUCGUACACCGUAAAAGACUAUAUCUCUACCAAGCCAGAAUAUCUGCCAGUGAGUCAUCUUAAAGAUGAAAACACUGCACCCGACCCUUCGCAGACCCCAGCUACACAACCCGCAUCUGACACUGCAUUUCUAUCUUCCAAUCCUACUGCUGCCCAGCCUUCCCUGGGCGGGUCCAGCUCCAAGCGCAAAGCCACGGACACUUUAGAAUCCGCCCCAAAAAAAUCCAAGGCGAACCCCGACGACACGGACGCCGAUCUAGAUGUGACUGUUCAGACGGGUCUGUACGCCGCCGAAAUGUUUGCGGCCAAUCUUGGAGUCAACUAUCUGCUGAAUAUUAUCGUUGUCGACGAUGUAAUGUGGAUCUGGUAUUAUGAUCGGCAAGGGGUCAUUCAAUGCUCAGGUAUCAACUUCAUUCAGGAUCUCCCGCGAUUCAUGGUGCUGUUGUAUGCUUUACAACGCUUCAAGCUUCACGAUUGGGGCCGAAACAAGGACUUCCUCCCAGUUCAAGUUGAGGGGAAACAAUGCCACGAAUUCACAAUCAAGGAUGAAACACUUGGAGAGGUGGAUCUGCUGCUUCACACCAGUCACGACGAAAGGGUGACACACUACGGACUGCAAGGACGGGCCACCAAUGUGGUCCCUGUCACCAGCGAAGCGCUCGCGAAGAAAUACGACAACCUUCAUGACGGGAUGGUGGCCAAGAUCUUUUGGGGAGAGGAGAGUCGUACGAGCGAGCCGGAAAUUUUGGACGAGGUGAAGAAGAUCGCCAAGUCGCACAGUUCUGUCCAAGGCCACAUUCCUGAGUUGCUGUGGCACCACAAGUUCACGAAUCCCACGUCCGCCAUCCGAGAAGCGCUCGGCGUUCCAGACCCCACCACGGGCAGUCGCGUCCUCUACAUUCUCGUAUUCCGCAAGCUCAAGCCAAUCACGGAGCUUGAUGGCAAAGUGCUUUUCGACGUAUGGUAUCAAUGCAUACUAUGUCACCUUACUUUGUGGAAGGAAGGGGUCUAUCAUCGAGAUGUCAGCCCUGGAAACCUGAUGUGGUACUGGAAAGACGGGAAGCGCAUAGGUGUUUUAAACGACUACGAUCUAUCUUCAUUGGCGGGUGACCCAGGUCCUCGGGGCAACGAACGCACAGGAACAGUGCCGUUCAUGGCACUUGAUCUUCUCACCUUAGAGGGUCAACGAGGCGAAGUCAAACACCUAUAUCGCCAUGACCUGGAGUCGUUUAUGUGGUGCUUUGCUUGGAUCUCCUUGCAGUAUGAGGACGGAGUUCUUCGAUCUGAGGAAUCGCGACCCCUUGAUGAAUGGGCCACUUUAAAUGCCAUAGCAUGUGGCGAGAAGAAGUUUGUUUUCCAGGCUAAUAGAAACGUUCCCGCGCACUUGCACAAAGAUAAACUUAUGUGGGAGUUCGUUGUGGAUUGUUUCGAUGUGCUGGACACGCAUGCCUUUAAUCGACGUAAAGAAUUACUACGAUCGACAAGAAGGGGAGACAAGCCGACCCACUCCAAGGAAUCAGAAUCAGAUAUGGAUGAUUUUCUCCAGUCAUUCAAAGAUACCGAGAGCUGGGCUGAGCUCAGCAAACUUUCAUAGCGCUUUAUUCACUUGCUGCACUACCUGCGGUUUUCUGUAUUCUAAUACCUGUAUACACUUUCCAGCUGACUAAGUAUACCAAUCGAAUACUAGAUGGAUGAUGGUAACUCGUCGUUUGUGCA